AUGGCAUCAGCAGCAAGCUCAGCAGCAUCAAAAGGUGCUCUUCGUAAAUUCAUUGAUUCCCCAGCUGGCCCCAAGACCAUUCAUUUUUGGGCUCCUGCCAUGAAAUGGGCCUUGGUUAUUGCUGGUAUUGGAGACAUGCAACGUCCUGCUGAGAAGUUGAGUCUGACUCAAAACAUGUCCUUGAUGUUGACUGGUCUUAUCUGGUCUCGUUAUUCUAUGGUUAUUAUUCCCAAAAACUACUCUUUGUUGGCUGUCAAUGUCUUUGUAUUUGGUACCAGUUCCAUCCAAGUGGGCCGUAUUUUGAAGUGGCGUCAAUCUGAUGAAUACAAGCAACAACAAAAGGAAUUGGAGCAAAAGCAAGCAUAA